GAAACCAACAGUAACUCGACUCGGGCAGCCAGGAGAGAGCUAGGCUGACAGUUUCCUGGAGCCAGCUGUGCGGCUGGCGGCUGGCUCUCUCCUAUCUCUGCCUCAGUGUUACUAUGGAGCUCUGCGAUACCCCAGCCAGGAACUUGGACAAGUUCAUCGAAGACCAGCUGCUACCAGACACGCAUUUCCGCUUGCAGGUCAAACAAGCCAUCGACAUUAUCUGCAGUUUUCUGAAGGAGAAGUGUUUUCAACAUGCCUCCCACCCCAUCCGGGUGUCCAAAGUCGUGAAGGGUGGCUCCUCAGGCAAAGGCACGACCCUCAGAGGCCGCUCUGAUGCUGACCUCGUCGUCUUCCUCAGCCACCUCAGAAGUUUUCGGGAGCAGUUUGAUCGCAGAGGAGAGUUCAUCCAGGAAAUCAGGAAACAGCUGGAAGCCUGUCAAAGAGAUAAAAGAUUUGCCAUAGAGUUUGAGGUCCAGAAUCAUGGAUGGGCGAACCCCCGUGCACUCAGCUUUGUGCUCAAGUCCCCCAAGAUCAACGAUGGGGUGGAAUUUGAUGUACUGCCCGCCUUUGAUGUCCUGGGUCAGGUGACGGACGACUACAUACCUAACCCCCAAAUCUACGUCAAUCUCAUCCAAGUGUGCGAACAUCUGAAGAAAGAGGGGGAGUUCUCCGCCUGCUUCACGGAGCUGCAGCGAGCCUUCCUGAGGCAGCGUCCAGCCAAGCUCAAGAGCCUCAUUCGCCUAGUCAAGCACUGGUACCAAAAGUGUAAGGAGAAAUGUAGGGAGUCCCUGCCACCACAGUAUGCCCUGGAGCUCCUGACAGUCUAUGCUUGGGAGCGUGGAAGCAAGAAAUCAGAAUUCAACACUGCUCAGGGAUUUAAGACCGUCUUGGAAUUAGUCCGGGGCUACCAGCAGCUUUGGAUCUACUGGCCAAAGUAUUACAACUUUAAAAAUCCUGUUAUUUGUGACUACCUGAUGAAGCAGCUCGAGAAACCCAGGCCUGUGAUUCUGGACCCAGCUGACCCUACAGGAAAUGUUGGUGGUGGAGACCGCCGUCGCUGGCAGCGGCUGGCACAGGAGGCUGAAGCCUGGCUGAGUUACCCAUGCUGUAAGAAUCAGGAUGGGUCUCCAGUGGACUCCUGGGACAUACAGUUCUAAGAAGGCAGCGAAGAGAACUGGAUAACCUGUGCCCGCGAGACAUAUCAGCUCCGAGAUUAGGGGACAGCGCCCUGGAUCCUUCCACAGCCACAACCAACGCCAGGCAGAGUCCCCUCCCCAGGCAGAAGAGAGCUGAACCAAAUAGUUCACCGAGAGUUCACUUUCCAUCUGCAAACCAGGCAAUCCAGAGCCGACUCCUUUAUCAGCUUUCCUAGGACUCAACCUUUUGGGCAUCAAUCCACCUGCCCUACUCACCCCAGGGCCAGGUCCCAGACAACUGGGGGACAGCCCCUACACGCUAGAGCCCACUGCAAUUAUUCUAACUAGCCAAUCCUAAGCCUACUUACCCUGCUUUGCCUUGCCUCUGCCACAAAAACUAUGAUAAAACUUCCUGCCCAUAUUUUCCCCUCGCUUUCUCUGCCUCCUGAACAGCCCUGGAGCUUCCUUAUGGGGCCCUGUGUGAUAGGCUGAGCUUCCUGCUUCU